AUGGUCCACUUCGCAUACAGCCACAUAGCCUUCUUCACCCUGUUGGCACUUACAGCCAUAAAUUCAGGCGAGUCGACGAGUAAAGAUGCAAUUUCAGCGAGACUUGCUAAAAUCAAGGACUUCAUUCUCAAAGAAGAACCACACUUUCAAGGAAACAUGAAAACGUUUCUGGGCUGCCUGGAAUAUGCAUACGAGUACUAUUGGGGAUUCAAGGCAUUUAAUAAUACGCUUAACUUUUUUCCCGAAGACCCUCAUAAGAAAUUAGUCGAUGCGAAAAACUGUAUCCAACAAGAAACCUUGGAAUAUAAAGGUAAGUAG